GCCGGACUAGCUCGGUAGCCAGGCACCAGCGGGAGGGGUUCUUGCCCUGCAUAGCCCUUGUGCAUUGCCAUCCGCGCUGAGCUGGAAGGAACAAGCGCUUGUUGGGGUUUCCAUGGAACCCUUGGGUUCGCUUUAAAGCCGUCCAAUUUCACCUUUGGUUGUUGAUGGAUUUGCGAAUAUCUCUCUCCUCCCUGCUUUUGUUGAUGCGCCACGGAAGCAAACGGAAUGGCGCGCCGAUUACUCACCGCGCUUGCCCUGGCGCACAGUGCAACCGCCGUGCUGGAUCGGUUUGUAGACGUCUUGGUCCAGGUCGAUGAGUUCCGCAUCCAUGCCGAGGCUCUGGCUGUGAAUGACGACGACGGCUUCGAGGCCUGCAAAACUGCCGACGCCGUCAUCGGUGCCUGCUACUAUGCCGGCUACUUGAAUCCCUCGGCCCCGGGUGAUGAUGGUUAUCUUUGCGGAUGCUGCUACGAUACCACGGCCAUGCCGGAAAUCUACUCGAGUUGCGCAUCCUGGGCCUUAGACCAAGAUUAUACCAGUAUCUAUAGUGUUGCCUCCCAAAUGUCCAGCGCUUGUGCGGACGUGACCGUCUGCAGCGACUCGGACCCUGUCCGCACCGUAUCAGACCUUCCUACCAGCAUUAGUUUACCCCCGGCAUGCGUGUCAAUGAGGAGCAUCUACUCCUCUUGCGCAGCGAUUCCGAGCAUUUACACCGCCGCACCCAGGGAUGUGGCAGCGUGUUUCUGCCCAGAGGAGGAUGGUAAAAUCAACAAGUCAUUCCAGUCGUAUGCGAGCUCGUGUGCUCCUUUCGCUCGUAGUUCCUUUCCCGGUGACUACUCGAUCAUCACCCAGCUCCAGACAUACUGCGACGCCAACAUGGCCCUUAAGAGUACCAAGCCAUUGGUAUUUACCACGAUUGGGACUCGAACGGGGCUUGGGUUCGGGCCCCCCUCCAUCACGUCCUCCGCGAGCAGUCCCACUUCCGAUGCCAGCACGGCGUCUGAGAGCGCUGUGACGACUGCGAGCUCGACUGGUCUAGCCUCCCAAGGCUUGACAGCACCCGGCAUUGCGGCCUGGCUUUUCGAAUUGGCGACCCUUUUACUCUCCUUUUUUGUGAUGAUCUAGGGAAGUUGUGUCAGGGAACUAUGAUGGUCUUGGUUACAUGUCAAAUGGGGCGAAAAAAGGAUAUUGCGCGGCUAUUUGUAAUGUUUGUAAUGCUGUUCUUGGACUCCCUCUAUCGGA